UUUCCUUUUUCACGUCCUCUGUAAAACCCUAACUAUCAUUCGAUCUCCUCAUUUCCCCCCUUUCUUUCUCUGUAUCUCUUCUUCGAUUCAUUCCUUCAAUCAUUCUCUAUUUCAAAACCCUAAAUACCGUUACAAGAUCUGUUCUUGGUUCUUGCAUGUUUAUAUUUGGGAUUAAUCAACAAGUCUUCUAGGGUUUGUUUAAUCGGAAAAAAAAAGGAAAAAAAAAAGAGGACGAUUGUCAAGGCUGGCGGGUUUUCGGGUCAAGUAAAUGGCGGAUCCGCCUGGAUUCCGCCUCGAUAAGAUUGCGCAUCAUUUCGAGGUCAUUUCUUGCUCUGCUGCUCUUGUUAGUGUAGGAUUGGAUUUGAUAGGUUUACCAAGUGGUGACCGUUGCGAACUGUGACCGACCAAGGAAGCCCGAGAAGUUAAAGCAUGCUGAGCGUGCUACGUGUGCACCUCCCUUCUGAUAUACCAAUUGUUGGCUGCGAGCUCACGCCUUACGUGCUCUUACGCCGACCUGACAAGACCGUUACAACCGAUGAUGUGCCUGAGUCGGCCCCUCUUGAUGGCCACUUCUUGAGGUAUAAGUGGUGUCGCAUACAAAGUGAUAAAAAAGUUGCUGUGUGUAGUGUACAUCCCUCUGAGCAAGCCACACUGCAGUGCCUUGGUUGUGUUAAGGCUAAAAUACCUGUUGCUAAAAGUUAUCAUUGCUCUCCAAAGUGCUUCUCAGAUGCGUGGCAGCAUCACCGUGUUCUGCAUGACCGUGCUGCAAGUGCUGUAAAUGAAAAUGGAAAUGAGGAGGAAGAGAUAUUUGGUCGUUACAAUUCCUCAGGUUCUGGAGUUAUAAAUGCUAGCUUAACAGGUUCGGCAUCAAGCACUAGCUUGACAAAUGGUUCAACACCUCUGUAUCCUGCUGCAGUCACACAGAGGAGUGGUGGUGAAACCUGGUUUGAAGUUGGACGCUCUAAAACAUAUACACCAACAGCUGAUGAUAUUGGCCAUGUUCUCAAGUUUGAGUGUGUUAUUGUAGAUGCUGAGACGAAACAACCUGUUGGACAUCCCAAUACUAUUUUGACAUCUCGUGUUAUUCCGGCACCUUCCCCUAGUCCUAGGCGCUUGAUCCCUGUAAGCGGAGCUGAUAUGUUGGGAAAUCUACAGUCAGAUGGUCGUGUUUCAUCCUCUGGAAGUUUUACUGUCCUCUCUUACAACAUCUUGUCUGACUCGUAUGCAAGCAGUGAGUUAUACAGUUAUUGCCCUUCAUGGGCUCUUUCUUGGCCAUAUCGCAGGCAGAAUUUGUUGCGGGAAAUUGUUGGUUAUCGUGCAGACAUUGUUUGUCUUCAGGAGGUGCAAAAUGACCAUUUUGAGGAAUUUUUUGCCCCUGAGCUGGACAAACAUGGAUAUCAAGCUUUAUACAAGAGAAAGACGAAUGAGGUUUACAGUGGAAAUAUCCAUACAAUUGAUGGUUGUGCCACAUUUUUCCGUAGAGAUAGAUUUUCCCAUGUCAAAAAAUAUGAGGUUGAAUUUAAUAAGGCUGCUCAGUCGUUGACUGAGGUUGCCGUUCAAACUACCCAGAAGAAAGCUGCUUUAAAUCGUUUGGUUAAGGAUAAUGUUGCACUAAUUGUGGUUUUGGAAGCAAAGUUCAGUAAUCAGGGAGCUGACAAUCUUGGGAAGCGGCAGCUUCUUUGUGUGGCAAACACACAUGUAAAUGUUCCACAAGAGCUAAAGGAUGUCAAAAUCUGGCAGGUGCAUACGCUCUUAAAGGGAUUGGAGAAAAUAGCUGCAAGUGCAGACAUUCCAAUGUUGGUGUGUGGGGAUUUUAAUUCUAUUCCUGGGAGUGCACCCCAUUCACUUCUUGCUAUGGGAAAGGUAGAUCCAAUGCAUGCAGAUUUAUUGGUAGAUCCUCUUGCCAUUUUGCGACCUCACAGCAAGUUGACUCAUCAGUUACCACUGGUUAGUGCUUACUCAUCUUUUUUAAGAGGUGUUGGUCUGGGUCUGGAGCAACAGAGGAGAAGAAUGGACCCCACAACCAAUGAACCUUUAUUCACAAAUUGCACGAGAGAUUUUAUUGGCACUCUAGACUACAUACUUUACACGGCGGAUUCGUUGACAGUUGAGUCAUUAUUGGAACUCUUGGAUGAGGAUAGCUUGAGAAAAGAUACAGCACUUCCUUCUCCAGAGUGGUCCUCUGAUCAUAUAGCUCUGUUAGCUGAAUUUCGGUGUGUGCCUAGGCCUAGACGCUGACACUUUAAGUGUAUGUGCAGAACAUGAAAUUGCCGGAGGUGUAGUGAAAGAUUGUUGGUUGUUUAGGUGUUGGAAGAUGGGGCGAGAGAAGAGCAGCUGAUGGAUAGAUAUAAAAGGUAAAAUUGUAAGAAUGGGUAGAUCAUGCCUCCGCAUUUGUUUUUCAAGGCAUCUCAUUGAGGGAUCCUUGCUGUGAUCUGCUGCUUUGUAAUAUGUUGUCACACAGCUCUGUUUCAUAGAAAAAUCAUUGUUAUGCCUUUUUCAUUUUCA